GGUGCGCAUCCACCCACCACCUGCUUUCUUGCUACGCCACCGCCCUAUCUAUUUAUGCAGCCCGCAAUCCAUGAAGCCAGGGCACGCCGAGCUCUCGCCGACGACGUGUUUAGCGACGUCCACCGGUGCUCCUUCCGGCCGCUAGCUGUUUGCGUUCGUCUCCGCCGGAGCCGGGAGCCAUGGCCGCUGAGACUGUUGUCCUCAAGGUUGCUAUGUCAUGCGAGGGCUGUUCCGGGGCAGUGAAAAGAGUGCUCAGCAAAAUGCAAGGAGUUGAGUCCUUCGACAUCGACAUGAAGGAGCAGAAGGUGACAGUCAAAGGCAAUGUCAAGCCAGACGAUGUCUUCCAGACGGUUUCCAAGACGGGUAAGAAGACCGCCUUCUGGGAGGGUGAAGCCGCAGCUCCAGCAGCAGAAGCAGCUCCUAGCGCCACGGCAGAGUCAGCUGCUGUGACUGCUGCACCAGAAAUAUCCCCAGCCAAAGCUGAUGCUUGAUUUCACAUGUGAUGCUGUGACCUCUGAAGCUUACACUAAAGCCUACCAGCUGGGGGAACGAGUCUUCUGGGGUUUGCAUCAUGUUGUUGCCAGCCUAGCAGUUGACUCUGAAAUAUGGAAUAAAUGAUAAACCCAGUGUGUAUGAUUUCAAGAUGAGCACAGCUCAUUAAUGAUUGUUGUUCAAUAGAUUUCACUUUAACCAA